AUGGCGUCCAAUUCGCAAGCAGAGCCGUCGUCUCCAUCGACCGAAACAUCCGAGGACACCCCCACUCCGUCCCCCGCGCCGGAGGCUGUGAACAAAUUUAACUUUCUGAAACACGCGAAGAACGCGCGGAACAAUCCGUUCGUCAAACCGCGGCCCUCUCUUACCAGGGAGAGCUCGACAGCCGAGCUGUUCUCGAGGGAAAACUCCAGCCAGGACUUCUUCCAGAACUCCAGAUUGAACCUCUUCGAUACCGCACCCAAGCCGGAAACUACGCAGGGAUACAAAAAGGGUGUGUCUUUCAUAGGAUGGCAUCAGCGCACGAAACUGGAGCGAGUGUUGCUGGUUACGAGCGUCGUGCUUCUAUUUGCGACGUUGCUCACCACCUCAAUGCUGAUGUUCAUGCGUGGGCCUUCUUACUUGCCAGUCCCGCCGUGCUACCGCCCGGAGCCCAAAGAAGAGUCGAGCGUCUGCAUGUCCGGUACCUGCAUCUACACCGCGAGCGAGGUCUUACAGGCGUUGGAUACGAGGCAGAACCCUUGCGAUGACUUCUACGAGUUCGCGUGCGGUGGCUGGGUGAGGAACAACCCCAUCCCCGAGGGGAAGUCGAGCUGGGGCAUCUUCAGCAAGAUCGAGCUUCAAAACCAGCUCACGAUCAGAUACGCCCUGGAGAAAGUAAACAUCUCUGACGUGUCCGACGCGGAGGCUAAAGCGAGGAUAUACUACGACGCGUGCAUCGACACUAAUGAGACCAUUGAGAAGCUAGGCGAGAAACCACUAAUCGGCAUCAUCAAGAAGCUGGGCGGCUGGCACAUACUGCCCAACACUAUGAUCAAGCAGCAGAAAUGGGACUUGCAGAGGCUGGUACAGGAUGUGCAGAACACAUACAACCUCGGCGGGCUCUUUAAUUGGGCUGUGACUGAGGAUGAUAGGAAUUCAUCGAAACAUGUUAUCGUCCUGGACCAAGGAGGUCUUAACCUACCCACUCGCGACAACUAUCUGAACAAGACCGCACACAAGAAAGUACUGGACGCUUACCUGGAUUACAUGACGAGGAUAUGCGUACUCCUCGGCGCGAACAAAUCCGAGGCCAGGGCACAGAUGAUAAAGGUGAUCCAGUUCGAAACGGAGCUGGCCAACAUAACAACCCCUUCGGAAGACCGCAGGGAUGAGGAGGGACUCUACAACCCCUACACGCUGAAGCAGUGGCAGAAGGAAGUGCCAUUCUUGAACUGGUCCAACUUCUUCAAUGACGCUUUCAAGCUGGUCAACAGGACUAUAUCGGACAACGAGAGGAUAGUGGUGUACGCGCCGGAAUACUUCCGGAAUCUCACGCGGGUGGUCAGAAAAUACAGCAGGACUGAAGACGACCAAAAGACAGUGACAAGCUACAUGAUGUGGCAAGUCUCCCGUUCGCUGUCCACGUAUCUAUCCAAAUCCUUCCGCGACGCCACCAAGAUUUUGAGGAAGGCGCUUUUCGGUUCAGAGGGCACCGAAGAGUCCUGGCGGUACUGCGUCACCGACACCAAUAACGCCAUCGGGUUCGCCGUGGGCGCGAUGUUCGUCCGCGAGGUGUUCCAGGGCGAGGCGAAGACCCAGGGCGAGAUCAUGAUCGACCGCAUCCGGAGCGCCUUCAAGGAGAACCUGAACAACCUCGACUGGAUGGACUCCGAAACCCGCCAAGCGGCCGAGAUCAAGGCGGACGCCAUCACCGACAUGAUCGGUUUCCCCGACUACAUAUUGAACAAGGACGAGCUUAAUAAGCAGUACGCCGAACUCGAGGUGCAACCGAACGAGUACUUCGAGAACAACAUCGCCUUCAACGUGUUCAGUCUGAAGAACGAUUUGAAGAAACUGGACCAGCCCGUCAACAAGACGAAAUGGGGGAUGACGCCGUCGACGGUGAACGCGUACUACACGCCCACGAAGAACCAGAUAGUGUUCCCCGCCGGGAUACUGCAGCUGCCCUUCUACGACGGGGACAACCCCAAGAGCGUGAACUACGGCGCCAUGGGGGUGGUGAUGGGCCACGAGCUCACCCACGCCUUCGACGACCAGGGCAGGGAGUACGACAGGUUCGGGAACCUCAACCAGUGGUGGAACAACGCGACAAUCGCCCGCUUCAAGACGCGGGCCAAAUGCAUCCAGAAACAGUACUCGCACUACACUAUGGACGGGAUGAAUUUGAACGGGAAACAGACUUUGGGCGAGAACAUAGCGGACAACGGCGGAUUGAAGGCCUCGUUCCACGCUUAUUUGGACUACAGCAGAAGCGCCAAAGUUAAUUACACGCUGCCCGGAGUCAACUACAACCAUAGGCAGCUGUUCUUCAUAUCCUUCGCUCAGGUCUGGUGCUCCGCCAUGACCAAGGAGUCGACCAAGAUGCAGAUAGAGAAGGACGACCACACCGUCGCCAAGUACCGUGUCAUAGGGCCCAUAUCCAACCUGAGGGAGUUCGCGGAGGAGUUCCACUGCCCCGUCGACUCGAACAUGAACCCCAAGCACAAAUGCGAGGUAUGG